UCGAUUCGUCAUCAUUUCGCGGAAACCGAYGCUUUCAUCUUCGUUCUGGGCGAAGAUCUCGUMAUUUUAACAGCUAUUCUGAAAUAGAAGCAAUGGAUUUCCGUUUGUUCAACUGUGAUCGGACAUAUGACCUUGAUAAUGUAAAGGCACUGAUCGUAAAAGUGUCUCCAAAAGCAAACGUUAAACAGCRCUACUUUCCACUGCCUCGCAUGUCAGAGCUUUGCAAUGAGUUAAACGAAGAAGGAACAUUCUCUGGCUAUGCUGUCUUUGUUGUUCAUGCACAUGAAUCGAGGUUGUCKUUAAAUGAAGUCAACGCUGGUAUUGGAUAUGCAAAGUUAUAUCGGACUUUGCUCAAAAUCACAGAUGGUCGUGUUCUCAUUGUAAUUGGUGGAGAUAACAACUACAAAGGACAAGAGCAAGACGAUUCUUUUUUAUCUCAAUGGGCAUGGCGAAAGAUAUGUUCUCAGUUUACCGAGGACUUCAUGGAUGGGACAAAUAGCUUUAUAUUUUCCUGGGACAAAGAGCACCGACCAAUUCACGAGGAAGCCUUGGCAUUUUAUCUCGACCCAAAUCGAAAGACGCUGGGAAAGUUUGUGCCAAAACCGAAGCCUAAAGCUACUGUAGUUCGCCAUUCAACCGCUGGAAAGAAAGACACAACAACAGAUCGACUAAAAUCCUCCAAUCAGCAUCAACCACCGGAACAUGGAGUUAAAAAAUCACAUCCAUUGGACGAUAAAAUUGGUUAUGCCACUGGAACUGAGAUGUUUCCACGGGAAAAGAACAAAAAUCGAGACCUUCCUCCAGCACUACUUCCUACAGAACCAUCAAAACAAUCAGAAAAUGUUAAAAAAGAUGACGGCAUGAAAUCCCAGUUUUCGAGAACAAGUUUCAUGGAUGUUGACAAGUCUUCAGAUCAUUCAAAAACUGUACAAAGAAGGGAUUUUCCUAUGGUCCAUGUUGUUUCAAUCCUGCCCAAAAGCGGCAAGAGAAUCGACAACAUCCUGAACAAUCCAGUGAUGAAUCUUCUUGGCGAUGUCACCUGGGGUCCUCAUAUACCAGACAUCGAACUUAAGGAUUUACCUGAACAUGUCAAAGCCACAAGCCCGGAUUUGGUUGUACUUGUAUCUGAGU